AUGUUUCUGGCAGUAACCGGAAAAACGCUCGGACUCCGCCAAUUGUACGUCAACACUUUGAUAACAGUUUUUGAGGUAAGAAUCUAACCAAAUUUACAAGACAUCACUAAUCAAACAUUUCAGUGGGGCGCCACUCUCCACAAUCCCGAUGAUGGUUCGAACUCGUCGGUCAUUGAAGAGGAACUCCAGCCGAUUAUCAGAAAACCGAGAAGAACAUCCUCUUCUUCCGAUCUCGGUACGUUUCCUGAGCAUUUGUUCGGAAAUUUCGGUUGAUUGGAGCUUCAGGUAUUAUCCACCGCCAGAAAUCGGAUGUGAUCGACGCGAAACUGCAUGAAACUGGUGUUCCGGAUUCAAAACAAACGACCGUCAGUGUUCUGGUCGAUGAUACUCUUGAUUUUAUUACGGUUGGUUACUGAUUUAAGAAAAUAACAUAAUUGAAGUUGUUUUUCAGGCCGGAAUGGAAGCGGUUAUUGAAGAUCAGGUGACGAACCGAUUCUCCGCCGCUCAACUCCCAUCAUGGAAUCUGCUCAGUCGAACCAAAUACUCAUUCCACUAUUUCAAGUCAGAUUAUUUUGAUCGAAAAACAAAAAAGCAACCCGUUUUUUCAGCUGGCAACUGACACUUCUCUGGAUUGCUGGCUUCAUGUUCCGGUACUACGUGCUCGUUCCGUGCAGAAUCGCUCUUUUCGGCAUUGCAAUCUGUCUUAUGAUCGCCUCGACUUCGAUUAUUGGCUUCGUCCCACAUGCAAAGUAGGAUUUUUUCCAGAUUGGUCAAAUACAGAGUCGGCUCGGCCCGGGUCAUUACAAAACAGUGAAAACUUUUGAAAAGUUUGGUUUUUUUCAGUUUGGUUUCUUUUAAUGUUUUACAGCUAACCGGGUCGGAGAAAAUCUGGAUUUUUCUAGUUAAAAAGUCGUAUUUGGAUAAAUUUUGUGUUGUUCAGGACUCGUAAAUGGCUGAACAGAAGGUGUAUGCUCAUGUGCAUGCGAAUCUAUUCUCGUGCUUUCUCCAGUGUCAUCCGCUUCCACGACAGACACAAUCGAGCGAUGAAGGGAGGAAUCUGUGUGGCCAACCACACUUCACCCAUCGAUGUGAUGGUUCUGAGUUGUGACAACUGUUACGCUAUGAUUGGACAAAAACAAGGGGGAUUCCUUGGUUUCUUGCAAGACACACUCAGCCGCUCGGAACACCACAUUUGGUUUGAACGGGGAGAGUCCGGAGAUAGAAAGCAAGUCGUGAACAGGUACUUUUUAACAAGUUCUUUCAAAUUCAAAAAACUUUGUUCAGAAUGCGUGAACACGUGAACGACGAAAACAAACUGCCGAUCAUCAUCUUUCCGGAAGGGACCUGCAUCAACAACACGUCUGUGAUGAUGUUCAAGAAGGGAUCCUUUGAGAUUGGCUCGACUAUCUACCCGAUUGCUGUGAAAUACGACACUCGUCUGACUGACGCCUUCUGGAACAGCAGUGCCCAAUCGUACGGAAGAUACUUGUGGAGUAUGAUGACUUCUUGGGCCAUCAUCUGUGACGUGUGGUAUUUGCCGGCAAUGACAAGACGGGACAACGAGGACUCGAUCACUUUUGCUAAAAGGGUCAAAAGGGAAAUUGCGAAGAAGGGAGGAUUGAUCGACUUGGAAUGGGAUGGAGCGUUAAAGAGGGAAAGAGUGAGCUUUUAAAGAAACAUGAAUUAUUUUCUUAAUUCAAAAUUGUUUUCCAGGUGUCGAGCAAACUGGUAACUCUUCAGCAGAAGCUGUACUUUGAACGAUUGGCCAGAACGACCACAUUGAACUCGAUGCUCGAAGAGAACAAAGGCGACAUUCUGAGCAUUAUGCAAGGAAUCACCGAGGAGGAACGCAACGAAUUGCUCAAACAGAUUGACGAACAGGACGAUGAGGACGAAAUGAUCCGAAAGAUUUCAUCGUUGAAACCCAAAUUCAGAAUUGGCGACGCCGACGACGACCACAUCAAAUCAGACUAA